UGUAACCUCUGCAUUUUCCCUUUUGUAGUGAAGUUAGGAGCCCAGGAAUCUUAUAUAGAAUUUCACCUCUUGCUUCUUUAUACAUACAUAUCGUUCCUUUUUGUUGAAACUAAUUGUUAAACAAAGUCAAAAACCCACUUCUUUUAUAACCCCACUAUCCAUUUUUGCCAUAUGAUCUAUACUGUGUUUCUUUUAGUAUUGCUGAUAUUUCGUGUUUAAUUUUUAAUUUCUUUUCUCCCUCCAAGGAAACCAACUACUGGCAGAGGAAGAUGGAGGAAUAUACUGAGUUUUCCAAUCUGAUACCUGAGGAAGGAAAAUGGCAAAAUAGCCACAAGGCAACAGAGGAGAAAAAGCUUGAGCUGAGGCUAGGUCCUCCAGGAGAAUUCCUCGGUUUUCACAAAGUCACUAGCCUUACUAGUGGAAGCAAAAGAGUUCUUGAUGAUCAAGACAGUUUUGAAGGAAAGACAGGAGAGAAAAACUGGUUGAGUAAUAGGCAUGAAAUGCAAUGCAAGAAGUUUUCAUGGUCGUCGUCGUCGUCGUCAUCAUCAUGUGCCUGCUCUUUACGUUCUUCAACUUUCCAAAGAGAGGGAAAGAAUAAGGAGAUACAAGAACAACCAAAGGGUACUUCUUCUUCUUCUUCUUCUUAUCUUCAAUGCUCUACAGUUGUAGAGUUACACUGCCCAGAUAAGAAGAAGGCAUGUUCUGGUCAUCCUAGUGCUUCAUUUCCUGCUGCUGCUGCUGCUUCUACCAGAGAUGGGACCAGUGGCUCCCAUGAAAGCAGAGUUGCACCUUCAGCUGCACCAUUGGUUGGAUGGCCUCCAAUCCGGUCAUUCAGGAAACACCUUGGAAGCAGUAACAACUCGAAGCUGGCAUCUGAUUUACCAGAUAAAAAUCCAACAGGAGGGUUCAAUUUAAAACCUGAAAGUUUCAGAAAUGGUUUAUUUGUAAAGAUUAAUAUGGAAGGAAUCCCCAUUGGAAGAAAAAUAAAUCUCAAUGCCUACGACAGCUAUGAAAAACUAUCCAUUGCUAUUGAUGAGCUCUUCAGUGGACUGCUUGCAGCUCAAAGGGAAACUUCUGCUGCUAGAAAUAUAAACAGGAUUGAUGAAGCAAAAGCAGCUGCAGGUUCAUCAUCAGGAGUUGGAAAUGGAGAAUAUACGCUAGUGUACGAGGAUAGUGAAGGCGACAGGAUACUUGUUGGAGAUGUCCCCUGGCACAUGUUUGUAUCAACAGCAAAGAGGCUGCGCGUGCUGAAGAGCUCUGAACUUUCCAGUUCAAGAAUUGCAGUUGGCAGCGGAGAGGAAGACAAGGCAGACAAGACACCACUUAACUCUGUAGUGGAGAUUGAAAGAAGAAGAAGAAGAAGAAGAGGAUGAAGUGGAGAAUAAAGUUCUUCAUUGAGUGGAUUGAUGUCUACAUAGCAUAAAGCCCCCUAUCCUCCACUUAUUAAUUAAUUAGUUUUCCUAAUCCUUCUUCUUUUUCUUUCAUGACAACAAAAUUUCUUCAUGGUGAAGAAGAAGCAGAAAAACUUCGUCUUCUUUUUGUCUCUGUUUUUCUUUUUGAGUUUGUAAAAUAAGUUUCUUGAUGCGUAAAUGCAUCUUCGAUUUGGCCUGCCAAUGUGCAUGCCUAAUCACUAUUUCCUCGUUCUACCAUCGCUAAAUAAAAAAAUAAAAAAAUAAAUAAAAUUUCAAACAA